GUCUAAGUGCAAGAUCCAAAAACCAGUUAGCUGAGAAGGAGGAGCCGGAGAGGAGGGCUGGGCACCCUUUCUUUUCUUUCUCUCUCUCUCUCUUCGAGACCUUCGCUCCCAAAUCGCCCCUCUCUGGAUAUGUAGGUGUUUUCCUUCACCCCCAAUCCUAAGUAUCCUUGCCAGAUUCGCCAGAGUAAGGAGAAGAGUGGCACAAAGUGAUGAGUUUGAUGGCCCUCUGUUCAGCCGCCCAGCCAGGUCAGGGCCGCAUUGCAAACGCAGGAAGCGGUGCUGCAGGACCGGCAGUGGUCCAGCACCACAAGGCGGUCGGCGUGGAGUACGUGCCCUGCCUGCAGAGAACAGAAAAGGAGUACGUACCGGUACGUACAGACACGUACCGCUAGCGGCUCCCCGUUCCCAUUGGCCUAGCAAGGGUCUG